AUGGCACACCGCUCCCAUAACGUUGCGCGAAGGCUGCUGAGCCCAUUGUGUCGCACCCGUCUGUAUUCAUCUCAUGCUCUGUCGCCUGCAGCACAUCUUAAUUUGCCGAUCAACUAUGGGACGACUCCGCUCCUCCACCACUCGCCGUCCACGAUAACAUCCUCUGCAGAAUUGCCUAAGACCGGGGUCACGAAACGACUAAACCUGUACCAGUCUAUCAAUUCAGCACUCCGGACUGCCCUGUCCACAUCAGAUCAGGUUCUUCUUUUUGGAGAGGAUGUUGCCUUUGGAGGAGUCUUCCGCUGCUCUGUAGACUUGCAGACAGAGUUUGGGUCUGAGAGAGUAUUUAACACCCCCUUGACAGAGCAGGGAAUUGUGGGAUUUGCAAUUGGUGCUGCUGCCGAAGGGAUGAAACCCGUCGCGGAAAUUCAGUUUGCGGAUUAUGUCUAUCCCGCCUUUGACCAGCUUGUCAACGAGGCGGCGAAAUUCCGAUAUAGAGAAGGGGCCACGGAAAGCAAUGUAGGGGGUCUCGUAGUACGAAUGCCCUGUGGGGCAGUAGGCCAUGGUGCUCUAUACCAUUCCCAAUCGCCAGAGUCGCUUUUCACCCAUAUCCCAGGUCUGCGGGUUGUGAUGCCGCGGUCACCCACACAGGCAAAGGGACUUUUAUUAUCAGCCAUUCUCGAAUGUAAUGACCCUGUGAUAUUCAUGGAGCCCAAGAUCCUCUACCGCGCUGCAGUGGAACAUGUCCCAACCGAAUCUUACACCCUUCCCAUUGGCAAGGCUGACAUCAUCAAACCUGGAAAAGAUUUGACCGUGAUUUCGUACGGUCAACCUCUCUACCUCUGCUCUGCAGCCAUUGCAGCUGCCGAGAAAGCGUUCAACGGCGUCAAUAUCGAGCUGAUUGACCUUCGAACCCUUUACCCAUGGGAUAAAACAACCAUCCUGGAAAGUGUACGGAAAACUGGAAGGGCGAUUGUUGUGCACGAGAGCAUGAUGAAUGCCGGUAUUGGAGCAGAGGUGGCAGCUACCAUCCAAGAAGGCGCAUUUUUGCGGUUGGAGGCUCCUGUCACUCGUGUUACGGGCUGGGACAUUCACUGUGGCUUGAUCUAUGAGAAAUUGAAUAUACCAGAUGUUGCUAGAAUUUUCGAUGCCAUUAAGCGGACACUGGAGUUCUAA